AUGAACUUGGUCGCGAUGAACGAUAAGGAUGAGAUCUAUGAGGAUCCUGAGUCUACUGAGGAUGAUGAGAGUGAGGACUCGGAUGAUAUGGCUGCGAGUGUGGAGGCAGCAGUGAAGCAGGAAGAGGAGAUAGUGAUCAUGGAGGCAGCAGCAGUAAACGGUGGAGAUGGAGACGAUGUCAACACUUUUGCAGCAGCGAUCGUGGUUGAAGAUGAAGCAGUAAAUGCGAAGUGUGUGGGAGUUGAAGCUGUGAAAGGGGACAUCAUGGUGAAAGGAUCAAAGGCGAAUGCAACUGCAAAGGGGCAAGUGCUUAAGGAGGAUGAACGCGUUGAAGGGUACGAGACCCGAGAGGUGUUGGGUGUAAAGAUGCCGAGGAGAAGCGAGAGGCAUAAGAAAAUCUCUCAAGGUUUGGAUGUCAAGGCGCUCAACUACAAGACACUGUUUGGUCCUGAGUGGGAGAAGUAUGCGGAUGGUUAUUUCGGUGACGGUUUCUAUGAGAUGAACUUGGUCGCGAUGAACGAUAAGGAUGAGAUCUAUGAGGAUCCUGAGUCUACUGAGGAUGAUGAGAGUGAGGACUCGGAUGAUAUGGCUGCGAGUGUGGAGGCAGCAGUGAAGCAGGAAGAGGAGAUAGUGAUCAUGGAGGCAGCAGCAGUAAACGGUGGAGAUGGAGACGAUGUCAACACUUUUGCAGCAGCGAUCGUGGUUGAAGAUGAAGCAGUAAAUGCGAAGUGUGUGGGAGUUGAAGCUGUGAAAGGGGACAUCAUGGUGAAAGGAUCAAAGGCGAAUGCAACUGCAAAGGGGCAAGUGCUUAAGGAGGAUGAACGCGUUGAAGGGUACGAGACCCGAGAGGUGUUGGGUGUAAAGAUGCCGAGGAGAAGCGAGAGGCAUAAGAAAAUCUCUCAAGGUUUGGAUGUCAAGGCGCUCAACUACAAGACACGUAAGCAGAGGUUCAAGGUGCAGGAGCUGCAGGGGAGCGUGAAGCCGACUUAG